CGUACCGGGCUCCUCCCGGCUGCGGGGCGGGUUCCGGGGCGGCAGCGGCGGCACCGGCGCAUGGCGGCGCUUCCGCUGGGGGCGGCGGCACCAUGAACUACAUGCCCGGCACGGCCAGCCUCAUCCAGGACAUCGACAAGAAGCACCUGGUCCUGCUGCGGGACGGGCGGACGCUCAUCGGGUACCUGCGCAGCAUCGACCAGUUCGCAAACCUGGUGUUGCACCAAACCGUGGAGCGCAUCCACGUGGGCAAGAAGUAUGGGGACAUCCCUCGAGGCAUCUUUGUUGUGAGAGGAGAGAACGUUGUUCUGCUGGGGGAAAUAGACCUGGAGAAGGAGAGCGACACUCCUCUGCAGCAGGUCUCCAUCGAGGAGAUCCUGGAGGAGCAGCGCGUGGAGCAGCAGGCAAAGCAGGAAUCAGAGAAGCUGAAGGUGCAGGCGCUGAAGGAGCGGGGCCUCUGCGUCCCGCGGGCAGACACCCUGGAUGAGUACUAACCCCUCACAGCGAGGGGAGCCCCGGGAGCUGCAGCGCUCUUGGUGUUUCCAUGUUGGGUUUGCUGUGGCACAGAGAACUGUACAGAGAAGGAAAUGAUGCUUUUGGCUCCCCUCCUUGCAGAGAAGGAGGAGGAGAAGGGAAUGCAGCCGCCUGCCCCGUGCACUGGGGAGCACAAGUGUUUGUGUUCAGGAGGAAAAUCACUCGGGUCCUUUUUUUGGGGUUGGUUUUGCUAUAUUUUUUUUUCCUCCUCACAUGACUCUGGGUGAGAGUUUUUCCCUUGACCUGUAAAUAAAUCCUCAAUCUCCACA